AUGGCCCCCUUUGACGGUGCGGGGGCCUUCCUGAUGAUGGCCACCCUGUUGCCGGUGAAGUUGUUGCUGUUUGGCCUGUUGGCUCACGGUGGACUCGGAAGUCCUUCGCCUUCAUCUAACACGGGCAUGGUAGCGAAUGCCGUGCUGGAAGAUCCAGAGUUUACGGAUGUCAUAGAGAACAUAACUGUGCCAGCAGGACGAAAUGUAAAGUUGGCAUGCUCGGUGAAAAAUCUCGGAUCGUACAAGGUUGCGUGGAUGCACUUCGAACAGUCAGCCAUACUGACCGUGCAUAAUCACGUCAUCACACGAAACCCGCGGAUCAGCGUCACGCACGAUAAACACGACAAGCACAAAACGUGGUUUCUCCACAUCACCAACGUCCAGGAGGAGGACAAGGGCCGGUACAUGUGUCAAAUCAAUACGGUCACGGCAAAAACACAGUUCGGCUAUCUGCAUGUCGUGGUGCCCCCGAAUAUCGAUGACUCCGUUUCAUCCAGUGAUGUGAUCGUGCGUGAAGGUGCCAACGUAACGUUGCGCUGUAAAGCAACCGGAAGUCCGCCGCCAUCGAUAAAGUGGAAGCGAGACGAUAACACAAAAAUUGCCAUCACUCGCAACAACAGUGUAGUCCUUGAAUGGGAAGGGGAUGUACUAACGCUGUCCCGAGUGUCGCGAUACGACAUGGGAGCAUACCUGUGCAUAGCAACCAACGGUGUACCGCCAAGCGUUUCGAAGCGUAUUAAAGUCAGUGUUGAUUUUCCACCGAUGCUCUGGAUACCUCAUCAACUGGUCGGCAUUCCGGUCGGUUACAACGUGACACUAGAAUGUAAUAUAGAAGCUCAUCCUACCUCACUCAACUACUGGACGCGAGAAAACGAUCAAAUGAUACACGACUCCCAGAAGUACAAAACGGAUACGAUUCCCGGCAAUCCUUCGUAUAAGUCAGUGAUGCGGUUGCACAUAGGAGAAGUGCAACAUAGUGACUACGGGAUCUAUAAAUGCAUCGCUAAGAAUCCUCGUGGAGAAACGGAUGGAAGUAUCCGACUGUACUCAUCGAGUCCUCCAACAACGAUACCCCCCUCGACCACAGAAAGUAUUACAACAACAGUACCAUCGACACGAGUUUAUGAGUCACCAUACGGUUUGUCUACGAUGACGAUAAACCAUUUUGAUAAAGGUAUUCGCUACCAGUCCGACUACAAUCAGCUGGAUCGUUCCGAGCAUAAAACCAGUGAUACGAGUCCGAAUCGUGACCGAUCGGUGGAUGAAUCUUCCGAAGUAAAUGGUGCUACAUCAUCAUUCGUCCGAUGGACAACACUUUUCGCGUUAAUCUUGCACAUGUUGCUCCUGCUUCACCAGUGA